UAUACUGCUGAUCUUCUCUUAGUAUGCACUGAAGCCAAGACAUAACCUAGAUGGGAGAAAUGUUUUCCAUUUGGUUAUGUUUUGAAGGUCUCUUUAUCAUAGGCAUCACCCAUCUGGUUUACAAAUGGAGGAACCCCAAAUGCAGAGGGAGACUCCCUCCAGGUUCCAUGGGUAUGGAUCUCUGUUCAAAACCAGUGUGGCCGGAAGGCCGGUUGUGAUAUCCUCCGACCCUGAGUUCAACUACUUCAUCAUCAACCAAGAAGGAAAACUGGUGCAGAAAUGGUACAUGGAUUCCUUGUCCAAGACCACUGACCGGGGAGAAUUUCCUACUACUGUAUCAGCUGACAAAAUUACCAAGUACCUCAGAAACUUGGUCCUGAAACACUUUGGCCCUGAGACCCUAAAACAAAAAUUGCUUCCUCCGGUGGAGGAGAUGGUGCGACGACACUUACGCUUGUGGUCGACUAAGGAGUCUGUGGAAGUGCAACUCAGUCUCUUAUCUAUGGUAUUUGAUUUAACUGCCAAGCUUCUCUUUAAUUACGAGACUGAUAUAACCCAGCUCUCUGAGAGUUAUGUAUCUCAGCUGUUCACAAACUUCUCAGAAAUCAUGAUGUGCUUCCCUUUGAACAUCCCUGGAACUGCUCUGUAUAGAGCUUUGAAGAACAAGGAGAAGGCAGUGAAUAUGCUGAAGGGUAUUCUGGAGGAGAGACGACGAGCUAUACCAAACAGAAGCCAUGGCGAUAUCCUUGAUCACGUAAUCCAAGACAUGAGGGACGAGACAUUCUUAUCAGACAAUUUCGUUGCUACCACAAUGUUUUCGAUACUGAGUGCCAACAUUGAGCCAAUUGCCACUUCUAUAGCUUUAGCCAUUAUCUUACUUACAGACCACCCCUCUGUGCUGCAGGAACUCAGGGAUGAACACGAAGCAAUUAUUAGCAGCAGGAGGGUAAACAAUACUGAUUCUACCAUCACAUGGGAUGAAUAUAAAUCAAUGACUUUUACUUCUUAUGUGAUCAAUGAAACAUUUAGGUUGGCUAACAUUACCUUUGGGAUUCUAAGCAAGGCCAUAAGGGAUAUUGAAAUAAAUGGAUAUACAAUUCCGUCAGGAUGGACAAUCAUGAUAGUUCCUACUGCUGUCCAUUUGAAUCCCAAUCUCUUUGAAGAUCCACUUGCUUUCAACCCAUGGAGGUGGAAGGACCUGGGAUCGACUGCUUCGUGUAAGAAUUUCUUAACUUUCGGUGGAGGCAUGAGAGCAUGCUUAGGAGCAGAUUAUUGCAGGAUGGUGAUGGCCAUCUUUCUCCACAUCUUGGUCACAAAUUACAGGUGGACAAAAAUCAAAGGAGGUGACAUAAUUCGGACUCCUAUUUUACAAUUCCCUAAUGGCUUUCACAUUAAGAUCUGGGAAAUGAAAAGCUGGAGAACAACAGAGAGAGUGUUUACAGAAAGAUGAAUUGAUGCAGCGCUAUAUAAGCAAUGGAGUGUGUGGUUAAGUUCAUAAAUCCGUGGUGGUGGUGACUUUCUUUUCUUCUUUUUAUUCGCCUGUAUUGAUUAUGAGUGGUUCAUGACUUUCUUUUCUUCUUUUUAAUCAAGCCAAGUUGUUCAUGAGAUUGUCUACAUCCGUUGGUCAUAGUAUGUGAUGGUAUUGUAUCAAGACACCAGUUAAUGGAGAUUGAAGAUGUUGUGAUAAAAGAUAUGGAAUAAGGAAGUUAUUACUUGUCAUUA